AUGAUCUUGCAGGCGGCCGCGCCCAGCAUGUCGGCGCCGCCGCAGUACGGAGGCGUAAGACCUGUCCGGGGCGUGUCGGGCACCUUCACGGGGCCAUGCUCGCGGGACACCACGGUGCUCGUCAACCCCAGGCUGCCGUCGUCCUCCUGUGCAGUGCCCGGCCCGCCCCAGCGGUGUGCGCGCCCCUCGGGCUUCGCCUCGGGCCACACGCCGGCCGCCGCCACUCGCGAGGACCUCUGGGCGCCAGGGUCGCUGCGGCAGCUCCCAGCCGGCAUCUCCACCGGCCACUGCGUCAGCCCGCGGGUCACUCCCCGGACGCUGCGCCUGAGCGGCCCGCACGCCGGCGCGGCGCCGCAGGACGUGCCCGCUGCCGCAGCUUCGGGGUGCUCGCUCCUGUCGCCCUGGCCCCACUCCGCCGCCGGCGUCCCAGCCGCCUGCGGGUCAGCCGCCCCCGGCGUGCCCUUCGCGGGCUGCGGAUCCGGCAUGUUCCCGCCCGCCAGCCCCCGGGCCAGCAGCCCGCCGUCCGUGCGGCCGCCUGGGCCGAGCGUCGUUGUCGGUGCGGCGCCCCCGCAGCGGCAGCCCGCGCCGCACCGCGGCUUCGCGCUGGCGCCGCCGCAGCGGCAGACGGUCGGCUCCUCGAGGACCGCGUUCGCGGCGCCAGCCGCGACCUACAGCAGGCGGGGGCAGCGGCCGACCCUGGUGCAGGGAUCGCGCGCCAGCGUGGGGUCCUCGCUGAACGUCCCGGCGCUGCGGCAGCGGAGCGCCUCGCCGGUGCGGCAGCGGCUUCCUGGGGACGCGCCGCUGCACGUGCGGCCGUGCCUCAGCGCCCGCGAGCGCCACGGCGGCGACGCGGCGGGGGCGCCCGCCGCCGCCGCCCCCGCGCCGGUGAUGCCGAGGUGGGCCGGCAGCCCACCAGGCGGUGAGCCCGCCGCCGCCCCAGCGGCGCUGACGCCUCGGGAGCUGUCAGCUGGCGCCGCCACGGCUGGUGCCGCCGCGGCGGCGCUGACGCCCAGGGAGAAGCGCACCUCGGUGCGGGUGUCCGCGGAGGGCUGGGAGGCCGCUAGCCGCAGCCCGUCCCCGGUGACCAGGGCGGGCAGCAGCCCCCGGAGGGCGGGCAAGGCCGGCAGCAGCCCGCCGCCGCUGUCCGUCUGCCUGCGGAAGGUGCCCACGCCCUCGAGGAGGGCAACGCGCGGCCCCAGGGACGCGGUGCGCGGCCCCAGGGAUGCGGCGAAGACAGGCGAGUCCAAGGCGGCGCCGCUGCCGGAGGACGCGUGCGAGGCGCGGGCGCCGCUGCCGCCAGGCGUUCGCGAGGCGGUCGACGGCAGCGUGCAGGCGGCGGUGCGCCACCUCCAGCGCGACCUCAGCGCCCUGUCGGGGGAGUUCAAGGACAUGUGCAGCGCCGAGUGGAAGAAGGUCAUGGAGGAGCAGUGGGCGGCCGCGUGGUCGCAGCUGGAGGACACCAUGCGCAACCACGGCGCGUCAGGCGCCAGCGCUGGCGACGUGGCGGACCUGGUCCUCCGGAGCCCGUGCGACGGGGCCGACGCGCCGCCGCGGAAGUCUCCCAGCAUCGCCCCCGCGCCGAUGAGCGGCACCCCGCUGGGCAGCGCCGCGUUCCACACCCCGCUGGGUGGCGUGCCUGGACGCGCCGCGGCCGUCGCGUCGCAGUCGUCGGCAUCGGCGGCGUCGGGCGGCGGCGGUGGCGACAUCGGGGGUCGCGAUGUUCAGGAUCUGGCCAUCCGGGUGCAGCACGGGCGCGGGAGUCUGGAAAGUCUGAGCCUCGCAGAAUCUGAGCCUCGCGAGAGUAACGAGCUCUUUCUGUACAAGUAG